AUGCUUUUCCUCUCUAAAGCUUCCUGCUUCUUGGCAAGUCUGGGAACAUUCCUUCUGCUGUUGAAAUCAGGUAAUACUCCCAAUGGUUACCUUGAGAGAGUGAGGAACUGAACAGGUAGUUGGACUUGGGAUUUUAUUGUUUAUGUACGAUAACUUAUAUACCCCCAAUUUCCCUUCAAGGAACUGAAGGUGGCAUGAAUGGUUCUCCCCCUGUAUUUUAUCUUCAUAGCAACCUGCCUGUGAGGUAGAUUAGGAUGAGCAUCAGUGUCUGGCCCAAGGCUUUUGGGCUAUGUGGGAAUUGACCCGUUGGUCUCGCAGCUCCUAGAUGAACACUCAUGGCUGCACUGUCAUCAUUAGGGCCAGUAUUAUGAAAAUAAUUUAUGGAUCACUUUUAUAUAUGAAAUAGAAGAUUUAUAUAUGAAAUAGAAGAUAAACAGAUAAUUUACCAUUUUUUUAUUCAUUUGUUUCUGUUUUGUAGGAACGUCCCAAAGUGAUUCAGUGCUCCAGUCCCCGAGUCAGAUGGAAAUCAAAGAAGGAGAGUCUGUCUCUUUAUUCUGCAAAUUUUCUAGUUCUUAUAGCGCAAGCCCAGACCUUUAUUGGUACC